AUGGCUGAAAACUGUGUAACCAUACCACCUGGCGACCUCGACCUGGUGCAGCUCCGGCUGCUUGCUGAUCAGAUGACCGAGCGCAACAACGCGCGGGCCGAAAUUGUACGCGCAAGUGCCGGCAUCCGCGUUGCUUAUGCACAACUUGUCGCGGGCUUCGAGGGGCGCCAACUUCCGGAUGUGUUCACUGCCAUUACCGAGGCGAUGAACGAUAGCCUUGCCGUUUUGGCGUAUAGGUGGAGUUUGUGUGAUACUGAAGAGCAGGGGGACUUGGAAUGCUUCCGCCUACUUGUUUGGCGAGGUUAA